UGGAUCACCACGCAAUAGAUAGUCUACCCCAUAAACGGCAGAGCAACCAGUAAGAGAUAUCGUUCAACUUUGUAGCGAUAUGACAAAGAAGAAGGGGAAUAGCGCAUUGAGGGAUAACAUAAUAACCUGGCGCAGCGAAUAUUUGAAAACAAUACGUGGUAUUCGCGUAAUGGGAAGACAGGAGAUUUAUUAUUUGGAUGAGACAUGAUUGAAUGAAGGUCAUUCAGUUUCUAAAGUGUCAACAAAUCUACCAUGCGUAUCAAUGCUCAAAGCAGAUUUGAUGCAAACGACUCGUCAGCACAAGGGAAGGUACACGAAAUGAGUACCUCCACUGCGAAUUCAACACAAUCGAGUCGAUAUGGGCUCAAAUAAAAAACGAGGUAGCGUGUAAGAAUAGUACUUUUAAGAUGGCGGAUGUUCGUAUUCUUUUGGAACGGUCAUUAAGGGUGUAACUGGCGACACGUGGCAGAAUUGCAUAAGGCAUGUAGUCAAAGAAGAGGAAGAGUUCUGGCAACUGGACCAUUCCAUAGAGCGGAUAAUUGAACCAGUGAUAAUUAACUUAAAUGACGACAAUUGUUCAAUUGAAUAUUCAUUUAUUAAUUUAUAUAUUUAUAUUUGCACCUAUUUACGUUAUAUAUUAUCCAUAG